GAGUUUGUGCCCUCAGACCCCAAGUCCCUCAGGAGGCUACCCCAGUGGGCACACGCUCGGGCGGCGCUCCAGCCCCGCGCUCCUUCCUCUUUCAUACCCAGCUGCCAAGAUCUUGGAAGCUUUGAAACUCAGCAAAGAAGGGAAAUCCAUUGAGAACGGUCUGUAAAGAGGUGGCCUUGCAGCAGCUGAAACUGUAAUAUUUGACCAUGCCACUUGGGAUGGAGAUGACUUGCCUAGGGGAAGACAUUUGAUCUGGUUAUGCCAAACAGAUUCUCUCUCCUUAGAAUUUGGAAUUUUGAACUGAAAGGCAGUGUCAAGCAAUAUCCAGAUAAUACCUACACUGUGCUUGUCCCCUGCCUGAAGUUGGGAUUCUUCAAUUGGGUGAGUGUUCUUGGGCUCCUGACUACCAUUGAUCAUUUGUUUGACCUCAAGUGUGAGGAAAUGUCAUUCAGAUUUGGCCAGCAUCUUAUCAAGCCUUCUGUGGUGUUUCUCAAAACAGAGCUGUCCUUCGCUCUUGUGAAUAGGAAACCGGUGGUACCAGGACAUGUCCUUGUGUGCCCACUGCGACCAGUGGAGCGCUUCCGCGACCUGCAUCCUGAUGAAGUGGCCGAUUUGUUUCAAGUGACCCAGAGAGUUGGGACAGUGGUGGAGAAGCAUUUCCAGGGGACUUCUCUUACCUUUUCCAUGCAGGAUGGCCCUGAAGCCGGACAGACUGUGAAGCACGUUCAUGUCCACGUUCUUCCCAGGAAGGUUGGAGACUUUCACAGGAAUGACAGCAUCUAUGAUGAGCUCCAGAAACAUGACAAAGAGAAAGAAGACUCCCCAGGCUCGUGGCGAUCAGAGGAGGAAAUGGCAGCGGAAGCCGCAGCACUGAGGGUCUACUUUCAAUGACAGGCAUGAAAGUAACUCAAACAAAUCCCAAGGCAUAAGGAAAUGGGCCUCAUUCUCUAGGACUCUGCGGCAUUGGAAAUGAAGCUAAGCGGACUUUAUUACAUCCUACAAUUCUGCAACCUUUUGCGAAGCAUUUUAUUGCACUUGUGGAAGCCACUGGGGUUAUGUUUCAAUCACAAUGACUGACAGGCUAACUUCAAAACAAUGGCAUCCACAACCCUUCCGCGCUUUCUGGGCUAUGUACUUAGAAUAGAACGUUUCUCAAUUGUCCCUUAGCCUGGAUGAAAAUAAAAUGGUAGUUAAA